AUGGCCGUAGCCCCCGCGGGCGGCCAGCACGCGCCGGCGCUGGAGGCCCUGCUCGGGGCGGGCGCGCUGCGGCUGCUCGACUCCUCGCAGAUCGUCAUCAUCUCCACCGCGCCCGAUGUCGGCGCCUCGCAGGUCCCCGCCGGCCCUGCCGCGCCGCCCGCCGGCCCCCGCGAUCCUGACGUGUUGCUCUUCGCCACGCCGCAGGCGCCCCGACCCGCGCCUAGUGCACCGCGUCCGGCUCUGGGCCGCCCGCCGGUGAAACGGAGGCUGGAUCUGGAGACCGAUCAUCAGUAUCUGGCUGGCAGCAGCGGUUCCUUCCGAGGCAGAGGUCGCCACCCAGGGAAAGGUGCGAAGUCUCCGGGGGAGAAGUCACGCUAUGAGACGUCGCUGAAUCUGACCACCAAACGCUUCUUGGAGCUGCUGAGCCGCUCGGCUGACGGCGUGGUUGACCUGAACUGGGCAGCCGAGGUGCUGAAGGUACAGAAGCGGCGCAUCUAUGACAUCACCAAUGUUCUCGAGGGCAUCCAGCUCAUUGCCAAGAAGUCUAAAAAUCAUAUCCAGUGGCUAGGCAGCCACACCAUGGUGGGCAUCAGUAAGCGGCUUGAAGGACUGACCCAGGACCUACAGCAGCUGCAAGAGAGCGAGCAGCAGCUGGACCACCUGAUGCACAUCUGUACCACGCAGCUGCAGCUGCUUUCCGAGGACUCAGACACCCAGCGCCUAGCCUAUGUGACCUGCCAGGACCUUCGUAGCAUCGCGGACCCUACAGAACAGAUGGUCAUAGUGAUCAAGGCCCCUCCUGAGACCCAACUACAAGCUGUGGGAUCUGCGGAGACAUUUCAGAUCUCCCUUAAGAGCAAACAAGGCCCCAUCGAUGUUUUCCUGUGCCCUGAGGAGAGUGCAGCAGGGAUCAGCCCUGGGAGGACCCCAUGCCAGGAGACACCUGGGGGAGACAGGCCUGCUGACCUUGGCGCUGCAGCGCCUCCACCAUCACCUCCGUCCACAUCCCCAGCCUUGGAUCCUAGCCAAUCCCUGCUAGGCCUGGAACAAGAACCAGUAUUGUCCCGGAUGGGCAACCUGAGGGCUCCCACGGAAGAAGACCGUUUGUCACCAUUGGUGGCUGCCGACUCACUUCUGGAAAAUGCUCGAGAAGACUUUACUGGUCUCCUCCCUGGAGAGUUCAUCAGUCUCUCCCCACCCCACGAGGCCCUUGACUACCACUUUGGUCUUGAGGAGGGCGAGGGCAUCAGAGAUCUCUUUGACUGUGACUUUGGGGACCUGACCCCUCUGGAUUUCUGACAGAAGUCUAGAGAGCUAGCGCAUCUGGAGAUGCCCACCCUGUUUGCAGCUUGGGAGCCUCCUGCCCUGGGCCAUCCUUCCUGCCUCGUUGGAAAAGCAUGAUUCAUACCCUUUGUCCAGUGGCUUCCAGCUCUGGGGUUUGGCUGCUGCCACACUGAGCAGACCAAAAGGGGAAGGAUUUUGUAUGGUGUGUGUGCAUGCACCCCAUACUGCGCACUGUGUACCUGGGGUGAGAGAGUGUGUUUCUGUGUGUGUGUGUGUGUGUGUGUGUGUGUGUGUGUGUGUGUGUGUGUGUGUCGGGAAAUGAAGGUGAACACAUCCGUGUGUGUUCAUAAUCCAUGUGCGCAUUGGGGUGGGAUGGGGCUCUAACUGCACUUUUGGUGUCCUUGCUGCAGGGCCCCUGUGAUGAGGCCUAGGAUAGCUGCCUGCUCCCGGAAUCCUGUGUCAGCCAGGCCAGGCGGGGCAGCUUGGCUGGCCGGGUUUGCAGGGCAGCAAGAGCACUCACUGCUUAAAGGUUUUCCGAUCGAAGAAGCUUUAAUGGAGCGUUUAUUUAUUUAUCGAGGCCUCUCUGGCAAGCCUGGGGAAUAAGCAAAGAAUGGGAGGGGUAUGGGGUUGAUGCCCCAACUUCCUAUACUCUGAAGCAAGGGCAGGGCCCCCUAGCUGUUCUUUUGCCCUACCCAGAAAGGAGCUGAGGCCCAAGCAGUUUAUUUAUUGGGAUGGG